AUGUCUAUGAUACUUGAAUGGUUACCUGAGAGUGCAAUCGAGUUGAGGAAGAAGCUUGCAGAUGUGACACAUGAACUUGAAAUUCAGAAGAAUGCGAACAUGGAACUGUUCAAUGUGCUGAAUAUUGUAUAUGAGGAGAGGGAUGAAGCAAGAUCUCAGCUGCAGGAACUAAUGAACAAGAUCAUGUUGCCUACUACUCAAGCCUCACAGUCACAUGAUGAUUUCCCAGUUCGAAUUGAUUCCUCUAUUUCUACUCGAGAGUUGUCAAACAAUAAUAAUAUCAUUGAAGUUGACUACAAUAACAACGUUAAUGUUUAUAUCAAUCCGCAUAUGAUGGUCCCUUCUGAAGAGCCAAAGCCUGAUCCUGCCACUAGUGUUAUUGAAUCUCUUGCAAAAGGAAGAGCAUUGCCUCAAAGGGGUCAACUGGAACAGGCAGUGAAGGAUGCUGGUCCAUUACUUCAGUCGCUCCUUACUUGUGAAAGAUAA